AUCGUUUCCGGUUUCGUUGGUCCGUCGAUGAAAUUGCUCCGUAAGCAAAUGCCGGAGGAGAAGAAGAGGGGCAGGUUAUGGCCACAAUGAUUGAGGAAAACGGCCCUUCGACUCACGAGCAGUCUGAAGUGUCCUCAUCAUCUCAGGCACGGCAGAAGCUGGAGGGGCUCCUGAACAAGAACAUGAGGAUCCGCAUGACAGACGGACGGACUCUGGUGGGCCUUUUCCUCUGCACUGAUCGGGACUGCAAUGUCAUCCUCGGCUCAGCUCAGGAAUUCCUUAAAUCCACAGACACAUUCUCCCAGAGCGAACCCAGAGUCCUGGGCCUGGCCAUGAUUCCCGGCCACCACGUGGUGUCCAUCGAGGUGGAGGCAGACAGCCUGGACGACACACAGGGAUUCGGAGCUAACCACUGACGGAGCUCCGUCUGUUUGGACAGCAUUCAUGUGACUGAGUCCUGCCGAGCCAGACUCAAGACGUGGUCGAUCCCAGGAGAAGGGACGACGUCAGUCUCUCAGACUCUUUGGACGCAGACCUUCUGUGUCGAUGUCGUGGAUUCAGUCAGUCCCUCGGCGACUGAUGAAAGAGUGUGUUUGCGUCAACUGCUGCACAAUGCAGCGAGUGUAGAAAUGGUGUGGGCGUGCAUGAGGUGUGAGUAAACGAGAGCUUACUUGUAUGUCUCAGUGUCUGCAGUGCCCGUCUUUAUUACAGUGUGUUUUAAAAUAAAUCACCCUAUUUGAGACUU